CCAGUUGCUUACCAUUUCUAAAUUUCCAUGUAAAGCUUGUCUUAACAAAUAGUUUGCUUGCAAUACAAAAAGAAAAGAAAAGGUCCCACCUUUUCUGAAGACUUGUCUUCCUCCUCUCUUUCUCUCUGUAGUUUCAGAUCUAAAACACCCAAUCUCUGUUUGAGCUUCACAUUUUUUACUCAAAGAACCCAUCAAGCUGGUUUGUUUUGAUUCAAGGGAGGCAGAAUAGCAAGGAAAAACAGAUAUGGGCUUGUCGGGUAUCCAAGAAAAUGGGAAGGGGGAGGUGGAUGUUUCUUUGGGAGGAAAAAAUAAGUACAAGAGGAUGAAUUCUGAGUUUUUGGAGGAUUCUGAGGAUGCUUCGCUUCAUCAUCAUCAACAAUAUAUUAGUAGAAGCACUAGAAAAUAUGUUAUUGCUUGUGCCAUUUUUGCCUCUCUAAACAAUGUUCUUCUCGGCUACGAUGUAGGUGUGAUGAGCGGAGCAAUUAUAUUUAUACAAGAAGAUCUAAAGAUAACUGAGUUACAGGAAGAAGUUCUGGUUGGGUGUUUGAGCAUCAUAUCACUAUUUGGUAGUUUAGCUGGAGGAAGAACAUCAGAUGCUAUUGGUAGAAAAUGGACAAUGGGAUUAGCUGCUAUUGUCUUUCAAACCGGUGCAGCUAUAAUGACGCUUGCUCCUUCAUUCAAAAUACUAAUGGUUGGAAGACUUUUGGCUGGGAUUGGUAUUGGCUUUGGAGUUAUGAUUGCUCCUGUUUAUAUUGCUGAAAUAUCGCCAACUGUUGAUCGAGGCUCUCUCACCUCCUUCCCAGAGAUUUUCAUAAAUUUUGGAAUUUUACUUGGUUAUGUUUCAAAUUAUGCAUUUUCAAGUCUUUCAGUUCACACAGGCUGGAGGGUAAUGCUUGCUGUUGGAAUUUUGCCAUCAGUCUUCAUUGGAAUUGCACUUUUUGUAAUCCCUGAGUCACCAAGGUGGUUGGUAAUGCAAGACCGAAUUGAUGAAGCAAGAUCAGUCCUCUUAAAAACAAAUGAUAAUGAGAGAGAGGUAGAGGAGAGACUUGAAGAAAUACAAAAAGCUGCUGGAAAUGCUAAUGCAGAUAAGUAUGAGGAGAAAGCUGUAUGGCGUGAAAUGUUAAGCCCUUCUCCUGCGCUUCGCCGGAUGUUGGUUACUGGUUUUGGGAUUCAGUGCUUCCAACAGAUUACAGGAAUAGAUGCAACUGUCUAUUACAGCCCUGAAAUUUUAAGAGGAGCUGGGAUUGAGGAUAAUUCAAAGCUUCUUGCUGCAACAGUUGCUGUUGGCGUUUCAAAGACUGCUUUUAUAUUGGUUGCUAUAUUGCUAAUAGACAAACUUGGAAGAAAGCCACUGCUUUAUUUGAGCACAAUUGGAAUGACUAUCUGUCUGUUCAGCUUAGGUGUUACCCUCACAUUCGUUGGGGAAGGACAGAUUGGGAUUGCCCUGUCAAUUUUGUUCGUCUGUGCAAAUGUAGCUUUCUUUUCAGUGGGAAUUGGUCCGAUUUGCUGGGUUCUGACAUCUGAAAUCUUCCCUCUAAGGCUGCGUGCUCAAGCAUCUGCACUUGGUGCAGUGGGUAAUAGGGUGAGCAGUGGCUUGGUUGCAAUGUCUUUCCUAUCUGUUUCCCGUGCAAUAUCCGUGGGUGGAACUUUCUUCAUUUUUUCAGCAAUUUCUGCACUCUCUGUUGUCUUUGUUUAUACAUUUGUCCCAGAGACAAAAGGAAAGUCAUUAGAACAGAUUGAGUUGUUGUUUCAGAAUGAACACGAAUGGCAAGGUAGCGAAGUGGAGUUGGGAGAUGUUGAGCAUCUUGUGCAGAAAGAGUGACUCAAUUUUGAUCGGAAAGGCCAAUUAAACAAGCUAUUUGCGAGUCACUAAACCUUUAUGGUUGAAGAUGCAUUAUCUGGAUUGGGUACCUGUAUGUGUUUGCAAACUGAAGCAUCUAUGAGCUGGCAGCAAAUGGAGCAUGCAUAUUAUAAGCUUGAGUUGCAGAUUUUCGAAAUCCUGAAAUUAGUUUGAUCUGUAUGUCUAUUCAUAUAGGCUUGAUUCAUUUUGAUACCCUAAGAAAAUCAUAUUGAUAGGGAGUAAUAGAAUUGAGAUUUUUAGUAGGCAGACCUAUUUAUUAUAUUGUAACUAUAGUUAUUUCCAAAUAAACCUAAAUAAAGUUCAUUACUGAUA